AUGCCUGCCCUGAGAGUGACCUUUGAGGAAUACUAUGACUCCAUACCAGAGCGAAUUUUAAUUGAGGAUAUAGAUAUAAGUCUAAUAGAUGACUAUGACAAUGAUUACGAAUACUUCAAUCAGACACUGGUUCCCAAGCGUCGUUAUAAUGGCGCUUUACAAACGGGUUCAUAUAAACACUCAGACUUCAUGAUCCGUAAUAAGACUUUUUAUAAAGCUGUCACUAAAAACAGGAAAACAGGUGUUACUGAGAGUGAAAGCACACAAUAUAUCAUCCUGGUUACGGUUUCAAGUGAACGUAAUGCUGGAACAACUUCACCGGUUCGACUUCGGCUUAAAGGAGAUAAAGGAAUUACUAAACCCAUUGCAAUCAAUGGCACUAAUGGAAUUAUUCUAGAUAUGGGAACCUCAAAGGAAUUAGAAGUUCAAUGCAAAAAUGUUGGAGAGGUUUCUUGGAUUUUCCUUGAGAAUAAAGGUACAGGCCCAGGAGAUGGAUUACUGCUCUCAAGUAUCCAAAUUUCCCAUCCGGGUACUGGAAAAGUUUGGUUUUUCCCAAUUGGAAAGUGGUUGUCUCGUCACGAUGGAGAAGGCUUCAGUAUCCGGGAUUUUAGGGGAAAAGCAGUACCCUUGACACAUUAUCGAGUUACUGUUGCUACGGGUGAUUUUGUUGGAGCUGGGACGGAUAGUCACGUGUCCUUAAUAAUGUAUGGAAAGGGCGGAGAGAGUCCCCAGUUUGAGUUGACUUCUCCUGAGAGACACAGUCUCUUUGCUCCUGGUGCCAUUUCAAAAUUCGUUUUUCCCUUCUCAAAUCUUGGGGAAAUUUCUCAUAUCAAGGUUUCUAGAGAUGGGAGUGGAUCGAAUUCAGGGUGGUUUUUGAAACGAAUUAUCAUUGAAGAUCCCACGACACCCCGAAGUUACAUUUUCAACUGCGACGAUUGGAUAUCUCUCAAUAAACAGGAUGUUGCCAGCCACUCCCAAGUGAUUCAAAGCGAAGAGUCCAAAGACUUCAAUGGUGAGUAA